CUCCCUCCCUCCCUCCCCCUCCCUCCCGGCUCCUGAACUCCAGCCCCUCUCUCUCUAUCAGCCGCUCACUCUGUCUCAAUAUGUCUCAAGAUGGCGGCCAAUGUGGGAUCGAUGUUUCAAUAUUGGAAGCGCUUUGAUUUACAGCAGCUGCAGAGGGAGCUCGAUACCACAGCAACAAUAUUGGCGAACCGGCAAGAUGAAAGUGAGCAGUCCAGGAAAAAACUUAUUGAGCAAAGUCGUGAGUUCAAGAAAAACACUCCAGAGGACCUGCGCAAACAGGUAGCUCCAUUACUGAAGAGUUUCCAGGGAGAGAUUGAUGCAUUGGGUAAACGAAGCAAAGAAGCAGAGGCAGCCUUCUUGAAUGUUUAUAAGAGAUUAAUUGAUGUUCCAGAUCCGGUUCCAGCCUUGGAUUUAGGACAGCAGCUUCAGCUGAAGGUUCAACGCAUGCACGAUAUUGAAACAGAAAACCAGAAACUUAGGGAAACUCUGGAGGAAUACAAUAAAGAAUUCGCCGAGGUGAAAAAUCAGGAGGUUACAAUAAAAGCACUUAAGGAGAAAAUCCGAGAAUAUGAACAGACCCUGAAGAACCAAGCAGAGAACAUAGCCCUUGAAAAGGAACAAAAGUUACAAAAUGAUUUUGCAGAGAAGGAGAGAAAAUUGCAGGAGACCCAGAUGUCAACAGCCUCGAAGCUGGAGGAAGCCGAGCACAAAGUUCAAGCUCUGCAAACAGCCUUGGAAAAAACCAGGACAGAACUAUUUGAUCUGAAAACAAAAUACGAUGAAGAAACUACUGCAAAGGCUGAUGAAAUCGAGAUGAUCAUGACAGACCUUGAAAGAGCAAAUCAGAGGGCAGAGGUGGCUCAGAGAGAAGCAGAGACCUUAAGGGAGCAGCUCUCAUCAGCUAACAAAUCUCUCCAACUUGCUACGCAGAUCCAGAAGGCACCUGAUGUGGAGCAGGCCAUCGAGGUGCUGACCCGCUCCAGCCUGGAAGUGGAGCUGGCGGCGAAGGAGCGCGAGAUCGCGCAGCUCGUCGAGGAUGUCCAGAGGCUCCAGGGCAGCCUCACCAAGCUGAGGGAGAACUCCAGCAGCCAAAUCUCCCAGCUGGAGCAGCAGCUGACGGCCAAGAACAGCACACUCAAACAACUGGAAGAAAAACUGAAAGGACAGGCUGAUUAUGAAGAGGUUAAGAAAGAAUUAAAUAUAUUGAAAUCCAUGGAGUUUGCACCAUCUGAAAGCUCUGGUGCGCAGGAUGCAUCCAAGCCGCUGGAGGUGCUGCUGCUGGAGAAGAACCGCUCGCUGCAGUCGGAGAACGCCACGCUGCGCAUCACCAACAGCGACCUGAGCGGGUCAGCCAGGAGAAAAGGGAAAGACCAGCCUGAGAGUCAGCGUCCUGCAACCUUGCCGGCCUCCCCUCCUUCCCAGUUGCUCCGCAACGCGGGGGAGCAGGCUUCCAAUACUAAUGGUACACACCAGUUCUCACCAACGGGUUUAAGUCAAGACUUUUUCAGCUCAUCCCUGGCGAGCCCCAGCUUACCCCUGGCCUCCACAGGAAAAUUUGCACUAAACUCUCUCCUCCAGCGACAGCUAAUGCAGUCCUUCUACUCCAAGGCAAUGCAGGAAGCAGGAAGCACAAGCAUGAUUUUUCCAACAGGUCCAUACAGCACAAACUCCAUAUCUUCCCAAAGUCCAUUACAACAAAGCCCGGAUGUAAAUGGCAUGGCCCCAUCUCCCAGCCAGUCAGAAAGUGCUGGGAGCAUCUCCGAAGGCGAGGAGAUAGACACGGCCGAAAUUGCACGUCAGGUGAAAGAGCAGUUGAUCAAGCACAAUAUUGGACAGCGGAUAUUUGGACAUUAUGUGUUGGGACUGUCACAAGGGUCUGUGAGUGAGAUCCUGGCCCGGCCAAAGCCAUGGAAUAAACUGACUGUGAGAGGCAAGGAGCCAUUUCAUAAGAUGAAGCAGUUCCUGUCGGACGAGCAGAACAUCCUGGCUCUUCGCAGCAUCCAGGGCAGACAAAGAGAGAAUCCAGGCCAGAACCUGAACAGACUAUUUCAGGAAGUACCGAAACGAAGAAAUGGGUCUGAAGGUAACAUAACCACACGGAUCCGAACGGCAGAGUCUGGCUCUGAUGAAGCCAUCAAAUCCAUUCUCGAGCAAGCCAAAAGGGAGCUGCAAGUACAGAAAACAGCUGAGCCGGCUCAGCCGCCUUCUGCCUCUAGCAGUGGCAAUUCUGAUGAUGCAAUUCGAUCCAUUCUGCAACAAGCCCGACGGGAAAUGGAGGCACAGCAGGCUGCCCUUGAACCUGCCUUAAAAACACCACCUCUAUCUCAAGCUGACAUUUCUAUCCUGUCCCCCAAACUAGUGUCUACACCUGCAAUGUCUUCGGUUUCCAGCUAUUCUCCUUUGGCCAUAUCCCUGAAGAAACAUUCAUCUGUCACUGAUUCCAGUAUCUCUGCAUUGCAGAACCUCUCUGGGCUCAAAAAGGAGCCUCAGGAGGCACCUGUUUUAGAGCUUCAUGGAAUAAGUGAUUCUGCCCAGGGUAUGUUGAGGCAUGUUAAAAAUGAGUUGGGACGUGGUGGUGUUUGGAAGGACCAUUGGUGGAAUACUGUGCAGCAUGAGAGAAGAAAUGCAGCUCUUCCCGAAGAUAUAAAAGUUGAGGAAGCCAGUGGUGGAAAAGAAAAGGUCAGCAAUCAGACUAGGCCAGAUCGUAGCCAGCUCCAAGGACCGUCUUCUUCCGAGUAUUGGAAAGAGUGGCCAAACGCGGAAUCUCCGUACUCGCAGAGUUCUGAAUUGAGCAUGACUGGGGCGAGUCGCAGUGAGACACCACAGAAUAGCCCCCUCCCUUCAUCCCCUAUCGUGUCCUUGUCCAAGCCAUCCAAACCUUCGGUUCCUCCACUGACACCCGAGCAGUAUGAGAUUUAUAUGUACCAGGAGGUGGAUACCAUAGAGCUAACGCGGCAGGUCAAGGAAAAGCUAGCAAAGAAUGGCAUCUGCCAAAGGAUCUUUGGGGAAAAGGUAUUGGGGCUGUCCCAAGGAAGUGUCAGUGACAUGCUCUCCAGGCCAAAGCCAUGGAGCAAAUUGACCCAAAAAGGCCGAGAACCAUUUAUUCGUAUGCAGCUCUGGUUGAAUGGUGAGCUGGGACAGUGUGUCCUGCCUGCACAAGGGCAGCAACAAGGACAAGUCCUUCACUCUGUGACAUCAUUACAGGAUUCCCUACAGCAGGGAUGUGCAAGCUCAGAAAGUACUCCAAAGACUUCUGCCAGUUGCAGUCCUGCUCCUGAAUCUCCCAUGAGUUCCAGUGAAUCAGUGAAAAGCCUGACUGAGUUGGUACAGCAGCCCUGCCCUGCCAUAGAGACGAGUAAAGAUGGCAAAUCCCAGGAAUCCAGUGAGCCACCUGCAUCUGAAUCCCAGUCCACAACCCCUCUGCCACUCUCAGGCCACUCUGCACUCAGCAUCCAAGAACUGGUGGCCAUGUCCCCUGAGCUGGACACCUAUGGCAUCACCAAGAGGGUCAAGGAAGUACUCACGGACAACAAUCUUGGUCAGCGUUUGUUCGGGGAGACAAUCCUGGGGCUGACCCAGGGCUCUGUCUCAGACCUGCUGGCUCGCCCCAAGCCCUGGCACAAGCUGAGUCUGAAGGGAAGGGAGCCCUUUGUCCGCAUGCAGCUGUGGCUCAACGAUCCCAACAACGUGGAGAAGCUGAUGGAUAUGAAGCGCAUGGAGAAAAAAGCCUACAUGAAGCGGCGGCACAGCUCCGUCAGCGACAGCCAGUCCUGCGAGUCCUCGUCCGCUGGCAUCGACUACAGCCAGGGCGCCAGCCCCCAGCCCCAGCACCAGCUCAAGAAGCCCCGGGUGGUGCUGGCACCAGAGGAGAAAGAAGCUCUCAAACGAGCCUACCAGCAAAAGCCAUACCCAUCACCAAAAACCAUUGAGGAACUCGCCACGCAGCUCAACUUGAAAACCAGCACCGUGAUCAACUGGUUCCACAAUUACAGGUCCCGCAUCCGCCGGGAGCUGUUCAUCGAGGAGAUCCAAGCCGGGAGCCAGAGCCAGGCCGGGUCGAGCGACUCCCCUUCGGCCAGAAGCAGCAGGGCGGCCCACAGCUCCGAGGGGGACAGCUGCGACGGCGUGGACGCCGAGGGCCCUCCCGAAGGGAAGCCGAGCGGCCCGGAGGCGGACGAGUUCAGCAGCGCGGCCGCCAAGUCUCAGGGAGGGCCCGCCGAGCCGGCUUUGGAGGCGGGGGAGGAGGCACUGCGAGGCGCCAGGCCUUCGGAGAGAGCGGAGCCCGAGAGCCUGGAGGACACCGACGACGAGGGCCGGCUCAGAGCGCCGCGCCAGAGCUCCCCGCCGGCACCGCAGCGCCCGGGAGACGCUCUGGAGACACUGCCAAACUCUGCCACGGAAGGGGAUGCCUCUACCUCAGCUGCCUCCACCUCGGUCCUUACGGGGGAGAGCUCCUACAAGUCAAAAGAAAGUUCAGAGAAAAUCUCCAGUGUGCCAAGUACGAGCUCGACGCCGGCCGCAGGCUCGCAGAAAGCCAACUCUCUGCAGAGCUUGUUCGGCUUCUCGGAGGCGGCGAGCUCCAGGAACACGCGAGACAGCUCCCUGAGGAAAAAGAAAGCGGCCAACUUGAACAACAUCAUCCACCGCUUGGAGAAGGCCGCGAGUCGGGAAGAGGCCGUCGAGUGGGAGUUUUGAGAUUAAACUGGCCCAACUCGGGAGAGCUGGGAAGUCAAACUGGACCUCUACUGGUUUUAUUGUGUUCGCACUUAACCGCCCUGCGGGCCACAGGGCAAAAACGCCAUAGGCCAAGGUGCAUAUAGAAAUCAAAAAGAAAAAAAAAGGAGCGUUAAGCCCAAUUUAUGUUUGUGUUUUCGAGGAAGAAAACUGAAAUGUGUAGUCAAGCUUUUUUGUACCCUGAAGUGUUUUUAUUAUUGCCCUAAGUGAUUUCCACAAUUUCUGGAAUAACUCAUACAGCUUUGCCUUGUGCCCUCCUCUUUGGUGUGGGGCUUUAAAAAAAUGAAAAACAGGAAAAAAAAAAAAAACUAAAAAAAAAAAAAUCUUAAAAAAAAAAAAUCAAACCCACAUAUUAAAAGGGGGCUUUUUAUCUGCCAUCUAAUGGCUACAGAGCGAUAAUACACUAUUAUCUUCUUAAACCAGGAAAAAAGGGGAGAUUUUUCAAGAAAAAGAAAAAAAAAGAAAGUUUUUUGUAGCUGUUCAGUUGCCACUAAGAGAUUGCACAGUCAACCGACUCUAAACACACUAGUUUGGAUUCCUACAUAUUUUCAAGAAAAGAAAAGAAUCUUGUUGUUUGAAACUUUGAAUUAAAAAAAAAACACAUUUACUCCACAUAUUUUUUAACAAAACAAAAAAAAAAAGUCACAUCAGGAAAAUAUCUUAAUUUGUGGUAGCUGACUUAGUGUUUUCUUGUAAGUGAAAUAGAAUAUUGACACGUAGUGCACAUUGUUUCAUAGCUUUAACUGAUUCUGGUCUUUUGCAGCCCAGAAUUUGUUUAAUACACUCCAUUUUAGGCCAAAUCAGGACAAAAAAAAAAAAUCUGAAUCUAGGUAUUUUAUAAUCUGCUUUUUAACCUCUAACCACAGAGCACGCUGAUCAGACCUCAUAUCUGGGAGGUUUAGGAGACAACUUAGAAGCAGCAUGUACUUGAUCAUUUCACUUGGUUCGUAGUGUACAGGAUUUCCUUUCAGCAAAGACAGAUCGCUCCAAAAACGUUGGCCAGUAACAUUUCAGCCUGCUACUUGGGGGCCUAGCCCGUAUCCCGAACAUUCAGCUUACCUGGAAUCCUUGGGAAUGCAGUUCACGUGUCCGAUUGCUGUCACACACCACUAAGAGGGACUGGAGCUGCCGCAGACCCAGCCCUUCUCCUGCUGUUGGUGGCCAUUUACUGACUCUCUUCCCACCACGAGCACUGAUUUUAAAUACGUUUUAGUUGUGGGAAGCUCCUUUUUUUUGCGUGGAUAACGAGUACAUGGCAAUGACCAGACGGGCUCUUACCGGGGUGGAAGCAGCCCAAGCUCGAAACCAAAACCUUCGUGCUCUCGAGUCCCAGUCCGGCCCGUUCUGCCCUGCAGAAAUACAGCCUUUUCCCAUUCUUUUAUGCACAGGUUAGGGCUGAUCAAAGUACAAAUCCAAUUCUAACUUGUCUCUAACUCCUCCUGUUGUCUAUAUGUAUAUGCGUGAGCAUAGAGGUGCGUGGAAGGAUGUGUGUGCGUGGGUGUGUGCGUGCAAUUUUAUACGUCUGUGUAUUUUCUUACGUACUUGUGCACACAUAGAGUGCAUUACUGCCACCUUUUUUCAAUAAGCUGUUUUAUCAGUUAUGGCUUCUACAAGUUUGCUAAUUUAGACUCCUUUAUUGCCAUAUCUUUAAAACUAACAAUAGAUGAUUUCGGAAUAUAUAUAUAUAUAUAAAUAUAUAUAUAUAUAAUUUUUUUUUGCUUAUUUAUAGGUGCUGUAUUUUAUUAUCUGAUUGUUAGGAAGGGAUGAAAGGGGGCAAAUAUUCUUUAGAGGGAUAGACUGCCGGCAGUAUUGGGUAUAAUUUACAAGAUGUAGUUGUCAUACUGUAUAUUAUUGAUUGAAGACUUUUUUGACCGUAUUGUGUAUCAUUGAACUUUUGUCUUAGGUCAGCAUCUUUUUGAUGACACUUUAAUGGUGCAUUCAUUACUUCUUAAGUUUAAUUAAUAUUACUUUUCUGAUUUUGGGGGAGGGAGGGAUGGGGGAGAGGAGUUCCGACUUUAAAGGUAUGUUCCCAAUAUUACACCUCAGUGUGCUUGUAUUAAUUCAUUAGUAGGAUUUUUGACUGUAAGAUGUGAAACCACAUUUCUUGCAUGAUGUUUUAGAACUUAUGUAUUUCAUUUACAGUCUCUUAACAUGCGACAGCAGCACUUAGCGCAAGUUUUCACAAAUUUAAGAAUCAGUACACUAAAAUCCAUCCUUCUCAUGACUAAGGAAAGAAGGCUCUAGGAGGCUGAAAGGCAGGGAUUUAUUUCUGAUUUUCACUGCUAGCUGUUUCAGGAUUCCUCCUUGGGUAACUGGGGACUCGUGAUGCGAAAUUGAAGCUGAGGAAGGGAGAGAGAGCAGCUGCCCCUUUCCGAGACGAGCUGAGGGACAAUUGGCAGUGACAGACGCCAGGGAGUGGCAGCGCGUGCUGGGAGCGCUCCUGGUGGGAGCGUGGCCAGUGCCUGGGAGCGGGGUGAAGCCAAGGGUGACCUCUCUGUACCUGUCCAGUGUCCUGGUCUGGCUUCCAAAGCACAGCUCCAUGGAUGAGCACGUCCUGGUGGGAGUUCACAUACCUUAGUGCAAGUCACGACGAGCUGCGUCUCCAGCCAAGAGCAAAACUUCUGCCCAGAGGACGCAGAUAAUUUCUUAGGUUCUUUAAUUGUUUUUAUUUUUUUCUUUGUUGUUGUUUGGUUCAGGUUGGGUUUUUUAAUUAAUUCUAGGCAAUACACUUGCCGGUCUGUUCCUACUGUCCUUGUCUGCUGAUGUGAGACCCAGGUGCUGGAUGCAGUCAAGUGGUUACUCUCGGCUUUCUCCAUAGUGAGGGGGUUUUUUUCUGUGUGAUGAUUUUAUUUCGUUUUUUAAGUUAAUAUUCCCCAAACUGUUCUUGUGCCUGUGUCUAUCUGAUUGCAUUCCAUGAUGCUUACUGAGAGCUCUGGCUGCAUUGUACGACAGCAGAACUGUAUUCACAGGUCGCACACAAAUGCAGCUCUUAAGGUCAAUCUCUCUUCUUAAUAAGCAAUACGUAAGUGCCUUGAAACAUAUCUUCUUUUCUUUUUUUUUUUCUUUUUCCUGUUUAUUUUUGGUUUGCUUUUCAGGUUUCCACUAGUUCUUUAGGGUUCUUUAGUGUCCGCCCAGUUUUUAAUGCUGUAAUGAUUUUUAAAAAGCAUAUCUGUAGCUUGCCCUAGAGGAAAUCUUUCUUUCAUAACACUAACUGUUAAUUCUAAGCUCCAUUAUUCCAUUUGAGUCAUGUCAUUUUGCUGGUUAAAGACAGCGUUCAGAAGUCAGAAGUCACUCCAUCCUGCCAAGCGUUAUCAUUGGGAUCUAUUAUAAAAUUAAUCAAAUAAAAUGCUGUCAGUAUUUCCUAUAUUUUUGGCACUUUAUUAAUGGCUUAGCUCCUUUUGCUGUUUCAUAUUUAAUGAUCUGUGUUGAAUGUGGAUUAGCCUGCUGAGAUGCUGUUGGGGUGAUCUCCUGCCCAGGGUCCCUCUGGGUUCUUUGGUGACCCCCUGGGCCGAGGAGCACCCCCAGACCUGGAGCUCAGAGAUGCUCCUGGGCUUUGUCCCGGUGUUUAGCCAAGGUCACAGCUGCUUUUCUGUUCCAGUGGAAAGUAGGAUGGAUUAGUUGAACUACUGCUGAUGUUCUCGGGUGGGACGUGAGUUACCUGCUGGUGUUUCUGGCCAAGGCCCCCCAGUUUAGAGGCUGGACUUACACUGCAGGGUGUGAGAGAUAGUUGGGAUCAAUUUGGAACUCACCCUUGGGAGAAAAAUGUGCUUUGGAAUAACUUUUUUUUUUCCCCCCCUUAAUUCAAAGGAUAAAAAGUUGAAGGAGAAGAAAUGCCAAAGAGCAGCACAGUGGCUGUCAUCCCUUGGGUGCUGAUUCCAGGGGAAGGGAAUGUGUGAAAGGUGUGACAUGGGGCUCAUCUCACAGGGCAGCAGAGCCCUCGUUGCUGACAUUUCUUUUCCUGAUGGAUAAAAGCACAGGCAGUUUUCAGGAAUCCAUCAUGCCAGACUCUUGUUUUUCCUGAGGUUCUUUAAAAAGCAUUUUAUUUUCUCUCUCUGUUUCCAGUUCCAUGCUCUUACCAAUGCUGUGCAUGAAGGGCCAGGGCUGUUUUAAUAGAAAUACAUUUAUAUUGCAGUUAAAUUGUUGAUUUUUCUCUCUGGAUGAUUAGGGAAGGAAAAAAGUGCAGUGCUUUGUUUGCUAAAAGCCAGGAAAGAGUAUCCCCUGGCAGAAGGGUCAUGCAGUGGAAUUGUCAAUACACUUCCUUUUUUCAGGAUACCAGUUUCAGACAACAGCAUUGUAGAUGUUUAUUGGCAGAAAUGCAUUUAAUUACAGUCGCUUUUGAUGCCAUAAAAUCUGACCAUUUUAUUUAUUCAUCCGUGAAAUGCCUAUGAAUAGAGCCACCCUUUAAAGGAACCCAUAUCAGUGCUCUCUGCCCAUAUCAUGAAUUAGUGAGUCCUUUAGUAAUAAACUCCUUGCUGUAAUAAGAAAGAUCUAUAUUACAGUUAAAAAGAAAAAAGUAUGUGCCUUUCUCAUUAGCUAAAAGAUCUCUGCAUUGUUUUAUGUCCCUUGUUGAUAUGGGGUUGGUGUAGAGCAGGGGGACCAUGAACACCACAGAAUUCUAUGCAAUAUUUUCCAAUCCAAUUACUUAAAAGUCCCUAUUUUUCAAUCCUUUAACAGGAGAAAUAGUAAGUUAGAGAAGUGCAUCGUGCUGGUGGUAAUUCAAACUGCAAAGCUGAUAAAUUGACAUAAAAUAGGAUUGAGGGAAAUGUGACAAAUUAAUGUGAUGAAAUAAUGGAAAAUGCUAACAGUGGUGGCAGUCCCUACAAGCACAGCUGCUGUCAGAAGUCUGUAAUCUUCCAUUUUAAAAUUAAUAAUUUCCAAUAUUCUUAAAGCUUUUAUGAAUAAGAAUGCUCCUGGCAAAAACAGGGCAGGUUAGAAACAUGAAAAAAAAAUCACAUUUUGAGGAUAUAGAAAUUAUGAGAAUACACCCAAAAAAAGUAAUUGGGUUUGGGCACUUUGCACUUGGCUCAAAAUGUUUUAUUUCAGUUGAAAUACCACGGUAAUCUGUGCCUUUAGCAGGGUUGUGAGAGAUCAGUAGCUUGGCAGUUUGUUGCAGACUGAAAGUGGAGUGUUGACAUUUUUAACCUGCACAUGGAGGGCACUGGUUUUGCUCCAUUUGUGUCUCUUCCCACAAAGGAGUUCCUGAAAUCCUCUCUGAUUUCCUCUUCACCCAGUGGAUGUUCUCUGUCUUCAGCCACGAGUGUGGCCGAGCUUCUCUUGGAGACUCAGAAACAAGAGGAGAAGGAAAGUUAGUUCUUAGGUGGGGGCUGGAUUUAACAUUCCCUAAAACCAAGUCAAGGCUUUCCCAUGAGUGUGUGGCAGUGGUUUUGGCCCUGGUGUGACCAGCUGGUUGUAGCCUCUUACCCCUAAAUUUAACUCACGUGGAGAAAACAUUGGCAAGGCAGGACUGGGUUGAUUCCUGUGUUGUUCUGCCUUCCCCUUUCUGCUCUCUGAACAUCAACAUUUUCUUUGUGUUGCAUAUACAAUCAACUUGUCUGAGACUUUAAAAAUUCUGUACAAAGGAAAGACUUCCCCCCACCACACCCCCAGCAGUUGAAAGUCUGGUUUUAAAUUGCAAGGAGAAUCACUGGCAUGGGAAGUACAAGAUCUGAAUUUCUUUUCUGGUGUAACCUUUGGAGUUCAGAAGGGGUGUAGCAGUCCCCGUCUCCUUCACAUAUAUUUGAGCUCUAAAACGUAGAAAUGUAAUUUCACCAAUUUCUUCUUUCCUCCCCAUCUCUUUUUUAGGAUAUAUUGACUAUGCCAUAUAUAAAGUAUAGUUAAUAAUGGACUUUAUAGCAAGAAAAGCUCUUUAAACCAUGCCUAGGGACGGAUUUGUCCUACAUGACCAGGUCAUGGACUAUACCCAACCCUAUUAAUAUGCAAGGAUAAAAUGGUUUUAUGCUCUGAAUGUGAAAUUUAUCCUUUUGGAGAAGAUUAGCGUUAGGCCUGUGCACUUAAGUUUUCAGAAAGCCUUAAAAACAGGUGUGUAAGUGGUGCCAUCUCUGUCCUCAGGGAUGAUUUUCCCCCAGCCAAGUGGGACUGUGGCAUAUUUAAUAGCAGUUAUUAAUUAUAAGGUCAUUUUCCAGUUGAAGAAAGUCAUUCAUUGAAUUUUAUUAGUGAGCCCCUGGCCAGCAUCCUCUGGUACAAUCCAGGACCUGCUUUUCCCAAGACCUGGGCAUCCAUAUCCAUCCCAAAAUCCUUGGCUCUCUGUGAAAUCUGUGUUUCUGCAACUCUUGUGAAUGGAAAAAAACCCUGAUAUGGGAUUCCUGAGCUUGAUUGUCCUUGCUAUUCACAGACAUCUGGCACUAAAGUGCAUUAAAAGGGAAAGCCUCCUUUUAAAAAACUAGUAAGAUUCUUGUGUUUUGUCCUUGUCCAGCUCUUCUAUAAACAUCAAUUCUGGCAGUUUCAAGCUUGCUUUUCUCACAGUGCUGUUGGGAGAUUUUAGCCACGGUUCUGUAGAUUUCCUAUUAUUAAAUCUCUUGGUUUCAUCACAUCAGUUCAGUUCCUUUGGACUUUGAACCAGCUGAGUGCAGAGAGCAACUGACUCCUUUACCAUGACAAAACAGUGCAGCAAAGUGAAAACCCCUGUGAUGCUGGGUCUUUGGCUUUCUGUUUGAAUUCCAGAGAUAUUUGUAAUACCUGGUACAAUCUUCAUCCAAAAUUCUUUGGAAAUGGAGAAUCAUGCCCGGAAUUUCCUGCUGUUGUGGUGCCACACCUGAUUUUUGCACAGUUCCUGUGUAAUUCUUGGUGGUGUCACAGCAGCACAGCCUCUCUCUUGGCAGCAAGAAGAAGAGUUGUGUUCUCUUCUGUCCGUGUGGGUAAUUCAUGUGCAUUUUUGGGAGUUGUGCAUCAUUCCAGGAUGGAAAAGCCCCUCUGUGUAUUUAGCAUUUGUGUGCUUGGUCUUAAUGGUGCAGCAGAAUUGCUGCAGCCAAAUUUGUGAAAUCAUUUGGGAUGUAGGUGAGCGAGGGCUUAAAACCAAUAUGUAUUUUAAUGGGCAGAGGAUGCCAUUCCCCACUUGUCAGACCCAUUCCCUGCUGUAAAGAGGGGAUUAGCCACUGGAGAGACCAGGCUGCUGGAGAUGCAUGGGUUUAGCUAAUGAGGACAGGGAAGAUCAUGCUCAGAAUACAUAAAAAUGAUCCCAAGGGUCUGAGAUGUGCAAGAGCCAAGGAAUUGGAAAGGAGGGGUCAAACCUUGUCUGUAGGUUUGGCUUCCUGCAGGAAGUUCAUAUCCCAGAUACUUGCACACAGGUAGUGCUCUCUCCUUUAUCAAUGUACAGUGGACAGUAAAGACAUAUUUAAAACAAUCACAAAACCAGCUGAUGAAGUAAAUUCAAGCCAAGUAUGGGAUUAAAUCAAGCAGCUCAGCCUUGCUCUCUCUUAGCUGAAAAUUCCAAGUAUUUGUAGGAACGAGGUAGAAAUUUUCUGCUAGGCAGCUCCUCUUGGAAGGUGAGUGUCUGUGCUUUCAAGAGAAUAAAUAAAACUUGGCACUUGACUUGCUCUGAAGUACAAUCUUGUCUCCAGGUAACUAGGAAAAAUAUUUUUGCAAUCAGUCUUUCAAUCAGACUUCCCUGGCUUUUGUUAGCUUGUGUUGGACCCUUUGUGCUGUUUUGAUGUGUUAUUUAUAUGUGGGUAAGUUAUUACUAGCUUUAAAAGUGUUUCCAAAGGACCUGGUUACCUCUGGAUGCUGGUGCAGGUGAUACAGGGAGUACUUGAGCAUCUGGUUUGGAAAGGAGGAGCGUGGGGAAUAAGCAAGGUCACAUCUGCUUUGUUCUUUCCCUUUUCCUUGAUCAGGGCUUCCAUUUCCUUCUCACCCUCUCUAGAGAGAUGGAGUUCAUGGGUCAUUCCUUGUUUUCUGUGGGAGAAAGAUUUUAGUCGAGCUUGAAAUGAUUUUAUUUUCACUCCAUGGGCAUAUCAUCAAAAUCCUGUAUGUUGCCACAUUUCCCGUUAAGUCUUUAGGUUUUGCUUCCUGAAAUUGACUCUUUCACUUUCUCUACUUGGAAAGCUAUGUGCCUUAUUUCCUGAUCUCUUCGUGGAGAAUAAUCUAAAGCACAGUGAUCUGGCUUGCAGCAUUCCCAGACCCUUUUCAUUUUUAUGGGGGGAGCAAACACUGAUGGAGCAUCCCAGUGCCCCAAGGCUGGCAGGUGCUUGGGCAGCCCUGUGUGAGGAGUCUUUGUGCAAUAGAAACUCUGGAGCCGUGCCUGGGGGGUUCCUGUCCCACAGCCAGUGAGGUGAGCUCUCCUUCAGGGCAAUUCACACUCCUGGGGGAAAAGAAAAUCCCUGUGGGUUCCUUCCAGCAGUUCCUGGGACAGGACUGAGCUGUCACCCAGCAGCUGAUGCUCGCAGGGCCCGGUCUGGCCCCGUGCACUCACGGGGCUGCGAGUGCCCCAGAAACCCCCGUGGCAGUUCCUUUGUGCCAUCAGUCACACCUGCUGUCCCCAGUGCCACUGCUGGGUGCUGAGGCACUGUCCAGUCAUUCCAGCUGGAUUUGGGUUUGUGCACACCCCCAGCCCUCCCCUCCCGAGCUCGCUGUCCCUGCAGCAUCCCAGGGUGAAACACGGCCUGUGAUGAGGACAACAAUCGACUAUUUCCUAUUCCUGAGAUUCAUUUGUGACAGUUUCUUUUUUGUAGAGGUUUGGGGUUUUUGUUGGGUAUAAACACAACAGGAGCAUUGACAUAUCAUCAUUGCUCUGGGUUGGAAGGGAACUUAAAGCUCAUCCUGUUCCAACCCUCCUGUCUCCCACUAGACCAGGUUGCUGUCCCCUAAAUGGAUGUUGGAGAAAGCUUGGGAUAUCCUAGAGGUGGAGCAGGUGGUGUUGGCUCGUAGUGUCCAUAUCAUUAUGCCCCAGUUGUGUUUUCUAGAGCAAUCUUUUUCUUUUUUUAAGAGAAAAAAAAAAGUAUUUUAUCUAAAUGCCUAAUAAAUAAUAUUAUUUAAAUAGUUUUUAAAAUAAUUUAGGACUGAGAAUAAGAAGCCUCAGUUGUGAGAGAAGAGACUUAAAAUAUACAGAGAGAGAAAAUACCCUGAGCCUCCUAGAGCCUCUACUGAGAAUUUGCUAAAGACACAGAGCCCCUGGUCAGAGCACAUUGCAAUUAACUCACAAGUGUUCAUCUAAAAUGAGAGACUGGUUUCCUGUGAUGUUCAUCUUUGUUGGCAUAUGUUUGACUUUCUGAAUUCAGAGCUGAUUUUCUUCUCAUUCACAAGUUGGUCAAGGAAAAACAAAACAAGAAAAAAAAAAAAAAAGGCAAAAAAAAUAAUAAUAAUUCACCUUGCGGAGCGGCAGCUUUUCCUGGUGUGAGCUCUGGAAAUCCACCUUGUGCAGGAUGUGUGGCACGCAGGGGUGGCUCAGCUUUGCUGCUGGGUUCAGACAGGCUUUUCCCCGGCCCUGGGGAGCAGCAGAGCAGCCCCAGAUCCAGGCAGGAGCUUGGCCAGGGAGGGGUGGGCAGGCUCCAGCCGUGCCAGUUCCCCCCUGGCAUGGGCAGAGGAGAGGGUGCUGGGCCAGCAGCAGGGCACAGCACCACUCCUGUGGCUUGGGAAGCAAAUUUGCACUUUGCCUUUCGAGGGUGUCCCACUUAAAAAAAAAAAACAAACCAUCCGGCGAAUUUCCCACGUCAGGUUCUCUUUCCUCUGGUGUAGUCCAAAAAGAAACUGAAAAUGAGAGUAAAGAAAGCCCUAGUGUAAGUGUUGGAUCAGCUCUGCCAAACAAAAGGUUGUUCCUCGUGGAAUACUCUAUGCAUUUCUGUGGUGAAAAGCAUUUUCUCCCAUUCCUCGCUGGAAGUGCUGUGAGAAUGUCACACAUACAAAUUUGGACGUUGAUCCCAAAGCAGAUGGAGGCUGGGGAGGGGGGGAUGUUCUUUUUUUUUUUUUUUUUUUUUUUUUUUUUUUUUUAUUGUUUCCCUCAUGUCCCUUUUCAUUUUUAUUUUUUUUUUUUAAUUAAAAAAUUAACUCUUUGCAUUUGUGCAAUAACUACUUGCCAUGAGAAUGGGCAGACCUUGGAAAUGCCCCGACUACUAACACAGCACAAGAUGAACUCGAACAGAAAGUGGUGUACUUUUUCCUGAGAACUUUUUUUUUUUUUUUUUUUUUAAUGAUAAGCUCGGUUUUUACCCCAGUGUAUUGUGGUGUCUUACAUUUUUAGCAGUAUUUUAUAUUUUUUCUGUAACGCACUAAGUCUUAGAUGUUUUUAGAGCUUGUUUGUUAUAUUCACAAUCACGGAUUUUAAAAAAGAAAAAAGAAAAAAAAAAAAAAAGAUCCUCACAAAGACCCAAUUGACCAAAAAAAAAAAAAAAAGUGUCAUUUUUUUUGUACAAGUAGCUUUGAGAAGCCCACAUUGUGUUGCUGUGACUCAUCUUUUGUAACAUUUUAUUUCUUGGUAUUUGUUUAAACAUAAAAAGUAAGAGUUUAUCUGGCUGGCAGUGCAGGGCAGCGCUCCCUCGUCAGCAGAGGCAUUGUUUCUGUCUUUGUUUGGUUUAGCCAUAAAAUGUUUGUUCUCAGCACUGUACAACGGUCCCUAUAUGAUAUGGAGAAGCAAUAUCACUGUAUGAAACUCACACGAUGUAUUAUUAUUAUUAUUCACUAGCACCCUAGGUGUGAUAAUUGAAGUAAAUAUCUUUUAUACAAACACAA